GAAAUGGUGCUCUUGCAGAACGUUCUGAAAAUGUGCAUAUUUCAGGAGUGUCAACGGCUUGUGGGGAUAUUCCAGAACAAAUUCGAUCACCAAGUGGGACAAUCACAAGUCCAGGGUGGCCCUCUGAGUAUCCUGCUCGAGUCAACUGUAGUUGGUACAUCCAUGCAAAGCCAGGGGAGAUCAUUACUAUAAGUUUUCAAGAUUUUGACGUUGAGGGAUCCCGACGAUGCAGCUCAGAUUGGUUAACAAUUGGAAGCUACAAGAAUAUUGAAGGCUACAGAGCGUGUGGCUCCUCCAUUCCUUCACCGUACAUCUCUACGCAGGAUCAUGUUUGGAUCAGAUUUCACUCAGAUGAUAGCAUCUCCAGAAAAGGCUUCAGAUUAGCCUACUUUGCUGGGAAAUCUGAUGAACCAAAUUGUGAUUGUGACCAGUUUCACUGCGCUAAUGGGAAGUGCAUUCCAGAAAGUUGGAAAUGUAAUAAUAUGAAUGAAUGUGGAGACAAUUCAGAUGAAGAAAUCUGUGCCAAGGCUACUGCUCCGACAGCUGCUUCCUUUCAGCCUUGUGGUUACGAUCACUUCCGGUGUCUUUCUCGCCUCACCAAGCUUUACACUUGCCUUCCAGAGUCUUUAAAAUGUGAUGGUAACAUUGAUUGUCUUGACCUAGUAGACGAAAUAGACUGUGAUGUGCCAACCUGUGGGCAGAGGUUAAAUUACUUUUAUGGUACUUUCAGUUCUCCCAACUAUCCUGACUUCUAUCCACCUGGAAGCAACUGCACCUGGCUGAUAGAUACUGGUGACCAUCGCAAAGUAAUUUUGCGAUUCACUGAUUUUAAACUUGAUGGUACAGGUUUUGGAGACUAUGUCAAGAUAUAUGAUGGACUAGAGGAGAAUCCACGGAGGCUGUUGCGUGUGCUAACAGCAUUUGACUCUCAUGCUCCCCUCACAGUUGUUUCAUCCUCAGGACAGAUAAGGGUGCAUUUUUGUGCUGACAAAGUGAAUGCUGCAAGAGGAUUCAAUGCUACCUAUCAAGUAGAUGGCUUCUGUUUGCCCUGGGAAAUCCCAUGUGGUGGAAAUUGGGGUUGCUACACAGAGCAGCAACGCUGUGAUGGCUACUGGCACUGUCCAAAUGGCAGAGAUGAAACCAACUGCACCAUGUGCCAAAGAGAUGAGUUUCCUUGCUCUCGGAAUGGUGUCUGCUAUCCUCGUUCAGAUCGCUGCAACUACCAGAAUCAUUGCCCUAAUGGUUCUGAUGAAAAGAAUUGUUUCUUCUGUCAGCCAGGAAAUUUUCAUUGUAAAAAUAACCGCUGUGUGUUUGAGAGCUGGGUUUGUGAUUCUCAGGAUGACUGUGGUGAUGGCAGCGAUGAAGAGAAUUGCCCAGUCAUAGUGCCCACUAGAGUAAUAACUGCAGCUGUCAUUGGGAGUCUUAUCUGCGGACUGCUGCUUGUCAUUGCACUGGGAUGUACUUGUAAAUUGUACUCACUCAGGAUGUUUGAGAGAAGAUCAUUUGAAACUCAUUUGUCAAGGGUUGAGGCUGAGCUGUUAAGAAGAGAAGCUCCUCCAUCCUAUGGACAGUUAAUUGCCCAGGGUUUAAUUCCACCAGUUGAAGAUUUUCCUGUUUGUUCACCAAACCAGGCUUCAGUUCUGGAAAACCUGAGACUGGCAGUGCGAUCUCAGCUUGGAUUUACCUCCAUCAGACUUCCUAUUGCUGGCAGGUCAAGUAACAUUUGGAAUCGAAUUUUUAAUUUUGCAAGGUCACGUCAUUCCGGAUCCUUGGCGUUGGUCUCAGCGGAUGGCGACGAUGUUGCCAGCCAAAGCACUAGCAGAGAGGCUGAAAGAAACAAUGCUCACAGAAGUCUGUUUUCAGUGGAGUCUGAUGACACAGACACGGAGGGCGACAGGCGAGACCCAGCAGGAGCCGUGGGUGGCGUGGCCGCCUCCUUGCCGCAGAAGGUCGCGCCC